AUGCUGAAUCAAACCUCAGUCUCUGAGUUUCUUCUCCUGGGAGUGACAGACAUGCAAGAACUGCAGCCUCUUCUCUUUAUGGUUUUCUUCACCACCUACAUUUUCAAUGUGAUGGGGAAUGGAGCCAUCCUGAUGACUGUCAUCUCUGAUCCAAGACUCCAUUCACCUAUGUAUUUCUUCCUGGGAAACCUCUCAUGCCUAGAUAUCUGCUACUCCACAGUGACGCUCCCAAAGAUGCUGGAGAACUUCCUCUCUUCACAUAAAGAAAUUUCUUUCUUGGGAUGCAUAAGCCAACUUCACUUCUUCCACUUCCUGGGCAGCACCGAGGCCUUGCUGUUGGGCGUGAUGGCCAUUGACCGCUUUGUGGCUAUCUGCAAACCACUUCAUUACACUGUCAUCAUGAAUCAUCAGCUAUGUGUCCAGAUGGCAAGCACAGUCUGGGUCAUUGGUUUUUUCCAUGCCUUGCUGCACUCCAUAAUGACCUCUCGUUUGAACUUCUGUGGCUCCAACCAUAUCCAUCACUUCUUCUGUGAUAUUAAGCCACUGCUGGACCUGGCCUGUGGGAACAUUGAUCUCAACCAGUGGCUGCUUAAUACUGUCACAGGGACAAUUGCUAUGGGCCCCUUCUUUCUGACACUUCUCUCCUAUUUCUCCAUUGUCACCUAUCUCUUCUUCAAGUCUCAUUCUUGCAGCGCGCUUCACAAAGCACUGUCCACUUGUGCCUCCCACUUCAUGGUAGUUGUUCUUUUCUACAUUCCUGUCCUUUUCACCUACAUUCGUCCUGCUUCAGGCAGUUCCAUGGACCAGGAUCGGGUCAUUGCCAUCAUGUACACUGUGGUCACCCCUGUACUGAAUCCACUGAUCUAUACCCUGAGGAACAGGGAAGUGAAGGCGGCCUUGAGUAGAGCAAUUAGAAGGAAGCUCUGGCCUAAGGGUGCACUCAAAAACAAUAGUUCAUCUUAA